UGGAUUUGUUUGAACAACGUCGGUUAUUGCCAGCGACACGUAAAUGAAAGGGAAGUAUCAGUAACCCUCGACUAUAGUCUAGAGCCAAAAGGCAACCAAAUCAAUCCCCCAGUUUUACACGUUCAAAACUUUGAGAAUCGUCUUUUAAAAUUUAAUAAAUUUGAGAAAAUCUGCUGCCGAUGGAUAUGAUCCUUACCCUUCUAUGAUCAAUCAUUCGACCAUUACAACUCUGCCAAUAUUAUAGGGGAUACUUAGAUGGUCAGAAUAGUAUUCAUAGUUAGUAUAUGUUUUUUGAACUUUGAUGAUUAGUAUAUAUAUAUAUAUAUAUUUUUUGACUUAAUGAUGAUUAGUAUAUUGGUAUUUUACUUCACUGAUUAGUGUAUUCUAUCGAAUGCUAACGAUACAUAUAUAUUCAUAUCUGCUAAUAUCAAUACUGACAAUAAAUAAAUACCAGGAGUAGCCUACAUCUGUACGAAAUAACACGAUGUUUGUAAAAUAUUGUUCAUAAACAUAAUCUAAAGGAGUGUGUGUUACAAAAAAAGACAUAAUCUAAUUAUCUAAAGGGAGACUUUGUAGGAUUGACGUGGCGACGGUCGUUGGAAGUUAACGAACUAGUUUAUGGAAGCUGCCGAAUAAAACGGCGCCAGAUUGGUCGCUUUCAGAUCCGAUUUCCUCUUCUUCUUCCACUUCCACACGUCUCACUUAAUCUCGGUCAAACGACACACAGAGAGAUCCGGUUCGGUCCCCACCAUUUUCUCUAACCGACCGCCUCAUAUAACUAUCCACGUGUCAAAACAUAUAUGGUUUAAAUUUCUCUUGAUGUCAUCAAUACAGACACGUCAACACUAGCUCAGUAUAUAAAUGAAGAAGCAGGCUCCGCUUCACAUGUCUCUCACACUUGACAAUAAAUUUCAAAAUUUCGAAUUUCUUAAGAGUUUUUUUUAUAAAACGAUGAGAGGAGAAGCUGAUACUUGGCCAGAGAUGGAGGCGGUAGCGAGGAAGAUGGCGGAGGAGGUUGAGACAGAGAGCAGUGGAUCAUCGGAAGCUGAGACGGAGUCUCCGAGAUCCGUCGGGCGUUGGGGAGCUGCUCCGAUCACGGGGAAGACUGGUAAGGAGCGAGUACAUAGCCAGGUUUUGAAGAUCAGGGAGGAGGAUCUCUGUGUUCUCGUGGAAGACAAAGCUGCGAAUGGAAGAUUUGUUCAGCAUCCGCGUCGUCUCAGUUUUGUCCUGAUCUCGAGGCCGAAUCUUCCUUGUUCGCCUCUUAGUGGAAAAGUGAGAUCCGUCAACGCUGUUCAGUGAUGAUGAUUCGCAGAGAUCAAAAUCAAUCAAAGGUUCGACUUCAGUAGUUCUCUGUAUGGAUCUAAUGAUGUAACUGAGCUUAUAAUAUUUAUUAUUAAAUCGUUGAGUUAGUUUUUGAUUGUGCAUCGUUUUAUUUUAAUUUCUCUGUUUUUCUUUCUUUUAACUCCUUUUGUUGGUUUUGUUUUCUUGUCAUAGUGUCAUGUCGUGUAUAUAAAACCGUGAAUGUAUAUAUGAGCUCGUGAAACUUUAUGCUUUACCUUUUUUUUA